AUGGAUGAUUUUAGACGUUACCGUCAACAAGGAAAACAAGAUCAAGGAACAGCACGUAACGAAUUGUUUAGUGGCGCUACUCAACAAAAUUAUCCUCCUCCACCACAAAACUACAACUAUACCCCCCAACAAGGAGGUGGAUAUGGUGGUGGAUAUGGACAACCACAACAAGGCGGAGGUUAUUAUGCACCAUAUGGUCAACAACAGCAACAAGAAACGGAAGAAGAUAUUGAAGGCAUCAAAAGCCAAAUUCGUACUACCAAACAAGAUUCGGUGGCUUCUACUCAAAGAUCCUUACAGAUGAUCAAUCAAGCUGAGCAAAAUGCUCAAAAUACUUUAACUAAGCUUGGAGAACAAACUCAGCGUAUUAAUUACACCGAACGUCAACUUGACCUCGCCGAAGCUCAUGCUGAGCGUGCGGAAGCACAAGCAGCAAAAUUGAAAAAGGUCAAUGGUUCAAUGUUUGGUUUCGAUAUUAGUAAUCCAUUCACCAAGGGUAAACGUGAACGUAAAGAACUCGAACGUGUUCAAGCGAUGCAAGAGGAACAGAGACUAAGUCGCGAACAGCAACGUAGCGGAAACUGGGAAUCACAACAACGAAUUAACGAUGCAUUAAAACAUCAACCUUCAUCUAAAUCAAGUGGUUAUCAACAGGGCCAUUCGUCAGAUCGAUCUAGAUUCCAAUUCGAGGCUGACGAAGAAGAUGAACAAUUGGAGAAUCAAAUUGAUAACAAUUUGGAUGCACUUUCUUCUGGAUUAGAUCGAUUGAAUGCUAUGGCUGUUGCUUCGGGUGAAGAAGUAAGACGACAAAAUGACGUUUUAAAUCGUAUUGGUUCAAAGACUGAAGGAUUAGACCAAAAAAUUGUAACCACCACCCAUAAAUUGAAAAAGAUCAA